AUGGCAACAAGAUUAAUGGAACCAAGUGAUGUAUUUCUAAACCAUAGAAGCACCGAUACGAAGAGAACGGUUGCAACUCGUCUUUAUGACAACCUUAAAAGACAUGGUAUGAACCCUUUCUUGGAUGAAAAGAGCAUGAAACCGGGUGAUAAAUUGUUUGAGAAAAUAAACAAUGGAAUCAUGGAGUGUAAGAUUGGUGUAGCGGUUUUUUCACCACGUUAUUGUGAGUCUUAUUUUUGUCUUCAUGAACUUGCACUUUUAACGGCACUUAAGAAGAAGGUUAUUCCUAUAUUUUGUGAUGUUAAUCCUUCUCAAUUGAGGGUUGUUAAUAAUGCAAAAUGGUCGAAGGAGGAACAUAGGAGAUUUAGAUGGGCUCUUGAUGAAGCUAAGUACAUCGUUGGACUCACCUACAAUUCUUCAAAAGGGAAUUUGUCCGAAUUUGUGACCAAUGCUUCGGAAAUAAUCAUUGGAAACAUGAUAGAACUUGAGAAUGAAGAGGAGAUGAAGGAUAUACACUUGCCAAUUCCUGUUUAG